GAACUCCACAAUAUAUACACCUUCAAGACUCAAUUGAAGCGCGGAAAAUUUUUAGCCCUUGGUUUGCUUCAUUCUGAUCAGCCAUGGCGUCAGAGAGUGUGAAACUCUUGGGUGCAUGGGCGAGCCCUGUUGUGCUCCGCGCGCGCAUCGCCUUCAACAUCAAGUCUAUAGCUUACGAGUUCCUGGAGGAGAAUUUUGCAGCCAAGAGCGACCUUCUACUCAAAUCUAAUCCAGUUUACAAGAAAGUCCCUGUUAUCAUUCACAACCAGAACCCCGUUUGCGAGUCCCUCAUAAUCCUCCAGUAUAUUGAUGAGGUCUGGAAUUCCGGUCCGGCAAUCAUGCCUGCCCAUCCUUAUGACCGGGCCAUCCACCGCUUCUGGGCCACUUAUAUUGAUCAUACGUGGUUCCCAAAGCUGCAAACCGUAGCAACUGCUGAGGAUGAGGAAGCCAGAAAGGCAGCCAUAGGUGAGGUGGAAGAAGGGUUGGGGGUAUUGGAGGGUGCCUUCCAAAGUUGCAGCAAAGGGAAGAAAUUCUUUGGCGGAGAGAGAAUAGGGUUCUUGGACAUCGCACUGGGAUGCUUUGUGGCCUGGAUAAGGGUCAUCGAGACAUUUAACAGCAUUAAGUUUCUGGACGAAGCUAAGGUUCCUGGUUUGGCGAAUUGGGCAGAAGAUUUCUGCGGUGAUGAUGCGGUGAAGGAUGUGAUGCCUUCAACUGAGAAACUAGCGGAGUUUUCAAAGGCGUUCUUCACCCAUAUCAAACCCCAAUCUUAAUUGAUUGCUUGAGAAUUGAGAUGUAUGUAGUCUGAUAUUCUGUUGCUCAUCUUGUGAGUUCAACCAUGUAUCUUCAAAUUUCCUAUGUAGUGUGAUGAUAUUGUUGUUAUCAUUCCAAAUGAAUGGUCACAAGAUCAAAUCGGAUAGUGUGACCAAUGAUUCUUUGGGAAGCACUCCCAGGUUUGAAGGGAACAA